UUUGUUUAUCGGGAGCUAUCACUUCACAGUGAAUCGUUCCGUCUGUCCGGUCUCCAAGUUCCAAAGGAGCAUCAGAUCACUACUUGUCGACAGAAUGAGCAAGUUCGACUUCGAUCUUGAUGGAAAUACCGAUGAGGAUUUCUUUGGAACCCUUACAGGUGAUAAGAAAUCCUCAAAACUGCAACAACUAUUUGUUGACGAUGAUAGCCCUGAUGAGCGACAGCAAUCGUUGAAAUACAAAAGACCCAAAGCCAAAGAUUUAAAGCCAGCAAGUAAUGAAAAUCCCAGCAGUAGCAAACAAGGCCAACAAUUGGCUCCACCUCUUUUGGCGAAAGUUGUAACAGUUUACCGGCAAGGAGAGCUAUUGGGAAAGGUUGGUUUGGCAUUGACAAAGAAUCCAGACAAUGAAGAUUAUAGUCUUUUACUCUACAAAUCCAAAAGUCAAGUGUUGGUCACCCUGAAUUUGCCCCGCAACGAGCAACUGUUGUUUAGACAGCAAAAGUACUGGCAAUUCUAUGAUGCUGAUAAGGAAUAUUGGAGUUUUAGUUUCGAUAAUCCACCAGAUGAAGAAGAGUUUCAAGAAAAAUUACUGAGAUGUGGUCAUACGUUUAAAGAGAGUGAGACGGCGAGCACAGAGGAGGACAAAAUUAGUGAUGAAAACACAACUUUAAAAGAAAGUAGUCAUGUUAAUUUGCCUGAUGUCCCUGACAAGCCCUGCCCAGCGGAUUCCAAAAAUGCCUUGAUACAACGCAUGGCCAAAAUGGGACAACCUUUGCCCAAGCUAUCAUCCAAUGCCCUGCAGACCACCACAGAAUUUAGUGAUUCCUCCGAUACGGAGGUAAUUAAAAUGCCAUUGCCACCAAAACCCAGUAUAGCGCCACGAAAUAAAAUAGCCAACCUGAAGAAUAAUCAACAAAUUAUUAGCUCAACACUGGCCUUUAAUCCUUCCAAUGCAUAUGCCACAAACCUCAUGGAAUCCCAGUAUAUGCAAAUGCUGCUAAGCGAGCAGAGAACUCAGGGGACAGAGCUACGCAUGAAUGUUAACAAAUUGGAAAACAAAAUUGAAAAGGUUUUGGAUAAAUUAGAUUUAAUGGAAAGGUCGAGCGCUGUGGGGGAAGGCAGAGAGAAAAAGCACCGAGAUGAUGAAAUAUUGGAAUUGGAGGAGAAAUUGUUGGAUAUAAAAAAGGAAAAUAGAAAAUUAAAACAGCUAUUGGAGACAAGAAAAGACGAAAAGGAUAGUUUUACGGAAAAAUCCAAAGAAAUACUCAAUGAGUUUAGGGAGGAUUUAAGUGAUUUGGAUAUGAAUCAUUUGAGGGAUUUACGAUCAGUUUUAAAAUACUCGCUGGAACAAAACAAAAGCCAGCAGGAAAACAUUGCCUCCCUGCAAAAGAAACUCAAUGAAAAGGAAUGCUUGGAGAAGGAAACAAAUACGAAAUUAGAGAGAUUGGAAAGCAAUAGCGAAAAACUCUUAAAAGACUUGAAUGAAGAAAAACAAAAGGCGAAAGUGCUGGAAGAAGAAAAGACACAUUUGCUCAGUGAUUAUGAAAAACAAAUAGAAGAUUUAAAACACGAAAUAGCUGAUAAGACAAAGAAAGAUGAGGGAGAAAAAAGCAAUGCUUUGGAGGCAACUGUGAAAAACAUAAUGAAUAGUUUAUAUGCUGAUAUUUAUGAAAAAUUGGAAAGCAAUAAUUUGGAAAAUAUGGACAAAAUUCUGGCCAUUGUGGCCAGCUCAAUAAAACAACAAACCCUAAAAACAUUACAAAAAUAACAAGGAAUAUUCGAUUCAAAAUGAAAAGUAUUUUUUUAAUGCAAUUUCCAUACUACAAAUACAUAUAAUCUUAUAUACAUAAUUAUACAUAAAUGACUGUAUAUAUA